CAGUACAUGCUUACUUGUUGUUCUGUGUGUUUGUGUUUUUUUAGGCGGUUUUAGAAUGUACAGACAAACAGUAGGAUGGGCGCUCUUCGCCCUUUUGUUAAGCAGUAGCGUACUGGACACCCUCUCGUACCCGAAUCAACAAUUCUCGCCGCAAGAGGGAGGCUUCUACCCCGUACACAACCCACAACUUCAACCUCAGAGGGAAGAACGAAAAUUCGCGGAAAAACCGAACGCCUUGAAGAAAGUGGCACUUGACGACUUGGAUGAUAUACAAACGAACCAGUUAACUGAGAGCACUGGCGGGGGGUUCUCUUGGUCGAAUCUUUUAGGGAUGGUGAUGCAAAUGAUUUUCAACCCGGGUGGCAUCAACCAAGGCCCAAACAAGUCCGAAGGCCUCGAUGACGGCCCAAUCGCAACAUCCCCUUGGGCAAACCUCAUCUCCGUAGGACUCAAAAUCCUCACGGCCAUCCUAGGAGGUGGAGCGGCUAACAACGAUGGCAUUGACAAAGUCGACAACGGUGGAUCCCCCAUGCAGGGUAUACUGGCAGCUGUACUGGGAGCAGUUGUGGGAGGAAGAAAUCCUGAACAAGUAAACAUGUUGGCUAAACAGGCUGGUGAGUUCAUCAGCAUCAUAGUAAAUCUUCUCGACGCUCUGAAGACUUCAUUCUCCCACCGAUCCCUUGCUGCUCGUAACAUAGGAAAGAAGGACACCGUAAGCGACGCAACUGUUGCCGGCAUCGCCAUGGCCAAAGGUUACAUGAGGUCUCUCAGUACAGAUAACAGCAAAUGUAUGCAGAAGUUCAUGUGUCAAGCCAACAACGAAUGUACAACUGACAUCGGCCAAACCUCGCUCUACUGUCAUCUUGGAAGCUACGCAGCUAGCUUUAUCCUUGAAAGAACAACCUCAUCGUCCUUCGAUGUCCUGUACGAGGCGGGAAGACGUGGAAGGUCCGGUGACAACUGCCAACAGGCGUACUUGGAAUGUAACGAGGUUUAAGAAGACAUGAAAUUAAUAUUAGGUUGUUUACAAAUCGAAUUUAUUUCUACAUUCCAUUUUUUCAAAUCCAUCAUUGGCAUUACCGAAAUAACUAAAAUUAAAUAAACGUAUACGCAGGUGAUCCUGUAGAACUAAAACUAUAGAAAUUGUUCAAGAAAUAAUGGAAUUAGAAACAUAUUUCGCGAUUUAUUCUGAUUUCAUAUACAUGUGGCUACUCUAUCAUGCAUCAGUAUUGUCAACAAAUUUAACGGCUACAAUAGACGAUUAAGUAUUUAUAUUUUGCACACAUGUAUAUGAGAAAGGAUAUUUUAUUUAUAGUAUUUAUUUUCAAAUAUUACUUGUAAUUAGAUAGUUCAAACGACUUUACAAGAAUUCAAUCGACUGGUCAAAAUAACUAUAAAGGAAGCGGUUUUCAACACUUUAGUUAAUAAACAAUUUAUUUUGGGUGAGAGAAUUCGAAUGAAUGGAUUUUAUGCAUGCGGUGCGAUGAUCUGAUUUUAUGUGUUGUAUGAAAGUUAUUAUUAAGUUGCCUAUUUAAAUAUUUAUUUUUAA